UAUGCGUGCGUGAGUGCCUGGGUGUGUGCAUUAGUGUUAUGUGUUGACUCCCAUGCAGCGAUCUCACCGGACUGUCACAAAGACCCGACGGUUUUGGGGCUGCUGUUUGCAUCCUCGUCGCUGCAGUGCUGUGGUGGUGGACGAGGGACCGCCAGGCCAGGCCAGGCCAGCCCCCCCCAUCUGGGUCCGGUCAACGAGUAAAGGGGUGUGUUCUGUUCAGUGGGAAGCCCGGACAAGGGGAGCAGGCAGGCAGUGUGACCCACAGUGCCCCGCUCGCCCUCUGCUCUCGUCAGCAGGGUUGGAUCAUCAGCCAUGCGGGCCUUCGCUGUGACAAUGCCCCUACUCCGCUAUGCCGCAGUCCUGCAGGUGUUCUUUGUUUUGGGAAAGUCCAGCACGGCCAGACCGCCCUGUCAUGACCCCAACCUCACCUGUACGUCUACGCUACAUGGAGAGGAGACUGGGGCUGUGUCUGAGCCCAACACUCACUCAACACCCAUCAUCCGAGCGUUACAAAAGCCCGGAAAUCCAAAACUUAGAGGUCAGGCAGCAGCCGAACAGAAACCCGACAGAUUUCCCAUUCAAACGCAGCAAGUCAACUCACGCGGUGUUCAGGGUUCAGAGGUCAGGGUGACUCUUACAGCUGCUGCUGCUGCUGCUGCUGCUGCUGAUGGAGCCGAUUUUGAAGCAAAACCUGUAAUCUCCUCUAUCAGUAAUAGAGACACACCUCCAAGUAGGGAUAAAGACUUGGGAAGAAAAAGGUUUUCACCGAAGGGAGGCAAAGCCCUGAAGCAGAAAAAACAUGGUAGCAGUGCCUCCUAUGAGGCCGAUUCUCUCCUCCCUGCGACUGAUGAGCAGGCUGGAGACGCAAGGCAGCGGCCCUCUCGUUUAAUUACGGAAAAAUCCCAAGCGAAGGACCAGGACUCCUGGGGGGCUGAGGUUCGAGAUACAAACACGACGGCAUCACCACAAGCAUCGACCACCCCUCGACCUCAGAGCCAAGCGAAUGACCCUUCCUCCACCGACGAAGAGGGAUCAACGUUCGCUGAAACGUCUUCGGUGUCUGCUGCUGAGGACCACGAGACGACCAUCUUUAGCACCGUCAUCGAGGUGGAGACCCCCACAGCUUCAGGCCUACAAACCUCUGGUACAGGAGGAGACGGGGAGUCAUCCAGUCAGGAUACGACUUCCUCUAGUGGGCCAGAGGGCUUUCAGAUAGCAACACAAGACACUCAGCUCUACGGCCCAACCAGCGAAUCAGAGUUGUAUGUCUCCUUAAAGGCGGGAACAGGGAACGAGGGUAGCGCUGGUGAGCCGAAGCAGCCAGAGGUAACGCAGUUGGAAACACUCGAAGCACCUUCACCUACGACGUCCUCUGGAGAGGGAGAGCCCAUCUCGGGGGAUGAGAAGGUAAGAGGUAGGGCCUCGGAUGUGCAAACUGGAGCACUGGAUGGUGGGAUUGAUGGGAUGGAUCUGAUGCCAGAGAGAUCUGAGGUGGAUGAACUUGUGCCGCGUGUGAACGUAGAGUACACGUCUUAUCCAACCGAGAUAGCUGUCACAUCUUCUCAUGGUGAGGCAAUGAGUGGGGAGGACGUGGAUGGAGGUAUCGGUCUGGAUGCACAGACGGGGAUGAGCGCAGCAGAGAUAGGCCAUGACCAGGUGCUCGAGGUGGGACCCGACGAGGGCCCCACACCGCCCGGCUGGUCCGGUGCCAGACAUGGAACCGAGGGAGAGACGGAGACAGAUAUCCACGACGAGAAAGGUGAAGCAACAAAAUUAGAUUUAGAGGAAGAGAUACGGUUGGAAAGAGGGAUGGUACCAGAAGAGGAUUUUGACGACAUAGAUAAAGACCAUGAUACCAUGACCCUCGAUGGCAACGCCAGGCAUCUUGUAGAAGCUGAAGGCACCAGGAUGUCUACGGUCCAGCUAGACUCCAGACAUCUGCAGCAGCAGGACAAGGCCGCAAACCACACUUAUCACUACACAACAUACAGUCCUGGGAUCAGAGGCCAGAGGGGACAUCAGGGCCUGCCUGGGUUAACUGGACUUGCUGGACCUAAAGGAGACAAAGGCUAUGAAGGAGGGAUGGGCAGGACAGGGAGGACUGGCUACAGAGGCCCCGUCGGCCCUCCCGGGAUGCCCGCCAUUGUGGUGUUCAAAACGUCUGAAGAAGAGUGGCAGGCCUUCAAGAAAAAGAAGAUCUACAAGAAGCUGGUUUCAUCUUGGCCGAAAGUGAAGGGGCGUCUCGGGCCCCCAGGACCUGCUGAUGACAAAGGACAAAUUGGGCCGCCUGGCAUCACUGGCAAACAAGGAAGGAAAGGAGACCCAGGGAAAAUCGGAGGGCCAGGGCCACAGGGGUUGCCAGGACCCCAGGGAAGAGCUGGCGCAGAGGGGAUCCCCGGACAAAAUGCAGAGGCUGGCCCUCCCGGCCUUCCAGGAGAACAGGGCCCCCAAGGAUACAGUGGAGAGAAGGGGGCCAACGGGGAGCUGGCUGAGAGGGGUUAUCAAGGAGAGCCGGGCCCACAGGGAAACAGGGGACCUAAAGGAGAAAAGGGAAGCAAAGGAAGCAGCGGCCUCAUUGGGAUUACAGGAUACAUUGGGAUACCUGGGGGUAGAGGCCCAACCGGGUUCCCAGGACCAUCAGGACCUCUGGGAGAUAUCGGAGCGAUUGGGUUUGCUGGAUCUCCUGGCCCACCGGGGAAACUCGGGCCAAAGGGAGCAAAAGGUGUCCCAGGAGUCAAUGGUGCUCCGGGCCAGCCGGGAGCGCUGGGCAUCAGGGGAUAUGCUGGACCUCAGGGGAAGGCCGGUUCUGACGGGGCGGUCGGGUUCCCAGGUGUCCGCGGCCCGCAGGGAAACCCAGGGCCGGACGGUCCAUUGGGUCCAAAGGGAGACCCUGGGGGUCCGGGCAACGAGGGUUCAAUAGGGGAACCGGGCAUAUCAGGAGCCAAUGGAGCCAAUGGGAAGGCAGGAAUCUCUGGACCCUCAGGUGAUCAUGGAGCCAAAGCCAAUCGGGGUGAAAAGGGUGAAACAGGUUUCCAGGGAGACAUUGGCCCCCCAGGACCUCCAGGUAAACGCAGGUUCAAGGGCCUUAGUGGACCCCCCGGGUUGGAGGGCGUGACCGGACCCCCAGGACCAACGGGUCUACCCGGACUAAGUGGGGUGGACGGGAUCAUUGGCGAACAGGGAAAACAAGGAGACGAUGGACUGAAGGGAAAUCGCGGUCCAACGGGAGUUCAAGGGAAUCCAGGCCCUAGAGGCAAAAAGGGUAGAGAGGGACGAGUGGGCUUUUCUGGGCAGCUCGGUCCAUUCGGCGAGAUGGGGAAGUCUGGAGAGCUCGGUUCUGAAGGGGAACUUGGUAUUAAGGGAAGGCAUGGGAUCCCAGGUGUGACAGGAGCUAAGGGCCACAAGGGCCUGCAAGGUCAUCUGGGAUUGAAGGGACAAGAUGGUGUCCAUGGAACACCGGGAGCGAUUGGGAUGAACGGUAUCAACGGAGAUAGUGGACCUCCUGGACACAGGGGAAUACCUGGGAAAACAGGAGGUCCUGGUGUCCAAGGCCCAGUUGGAAAGAGUGGAGAUGUAGGGGCCAGAGGAAUGCUGGCAAAGCCAGGAAAGCCAGGAAUUAGAGGGGUUAAAGGCAAAGAAGGACUGAAAGCUCUUCCAGGGACUCCAGGAGUAAAGGGAGGUAGAGGAGAAGAUGGGCCCAUUGGAAAACCAGGCCCAACAGGUGAGAUUGGCAUACCUGGUCCAAGAGGAUAUACAGGAGCUUCUGGCAUCCAGGGCAACAUUGGCCCUUGGGGGGACAUUGGUCUCCGCGGACCCCCAGGUGACGCGGGCCCUUUAGGGCCAGUCGGGCCCCCUGGGGUCACAGGUUACCCAGGAAAAGAUGGGCCCCAAGGCCCGACGGGCCCCUCAGGUUUGACAGGCGAUAAGGGAUCUUUAGGGUCCGGGGGUCAGAAGGGGGUUGCUGGUGUCGAUGGGUCCAAUUGGAACGAGGGGAGUCGAGGGUACGUCAGGGCAGAAAGGGAGUGCUGGUGAGAAAGGGACGGUUGGCCCUGCAGGAGAAAAGGGAACGAGGGGACUUCAGGGAGAUGAAGGAAACCGUGGGCUUCAGAGGCCAAAAGGGCCGCCAGGAAAAGAGGGCAACAGUGGAGUAACGGGAGGCAGAGGUAACCAGGGCGUUCCAGGACUGAAGGGUUCGCUCGGUGUGAGGGGACCCCCUGGCCCCCCUGGGCGAUACGGACCAGGGGGAGACACCGGAGUGGGAGGAGCCAAAGGAG